AUGGAAGGGAAAGCUUUAGUAUGGUUUCAAGAUUUGGAGGAGUCUGGUAAACUAAACACAUGGGAAGCAUUUGUUAAGGCCUUACUUAUGAGAUUCGGUCCAACCACUUACGAUGAUCCAAUGGAACAGUUGGCUAAAUUGAGUCAAAAGGGGACUGUGGAUGGUUACAAAACUGAUUUUGAAGCCUUAUCUAACAGGCUGCGUGGGUUAUCUGAGGAUUUUAAGCUGAGUUGCUUCCUCAGUGGCCUUCGGGAUGAUAUAAGGGUGUCAGUAAAAAUGUUCUUCCCCACUGAUCUACUCACAGCUUAUGGUCUUGCAAAAAUGCAAGAGGAAAAAAAUUUUCUGAGGAAAAAGGGCUCAUACCGAAACUUUUCAACCCAUUCAACCUCCCAAAACCCUCAACCACCUUAUCUCAAAAAUCCAACACAUAUUCAGCCUACACAUAACCAGCCCAAUCAACCCAAAGCCAUAGUUCCAGUCCAUAAAGUGAGCCAAAGUGAGAUGAGAGAGCGUAGAGCCAAAGGCCUCUGUUAUUCAUGUGAUUCUAAAUGGGCCCCAGGGCACAAGUGUUCCAGCCCCAAACUUUAUUUGAUUGAAGAAAUAGAGAAGAGUUAUGUGGUCGUAGACAUUGACAAUAAGAAGGAAGAGAUGCAGGAGGCUAACCCAAACACUUCAGUUUCAGCUGAAACCCCAGCUAUCACCUUGCAUGCCAUUAUAGGAUCCUUGAAUCCUAAGACUAUGAGAGUGGUGGGCAAAAUUGGUAACCAACCCGUGACUAUCCUCAUUGAUUCCGGAAGUACUCACAACUUCAUAGAUCCCUCCCUACUUUCCAAACUUUCCCUCCCAGUGUUCACUACAGAUAAGGUUAAGGUGAAAAUUGCAAAUGGGGACCAAAUUCAGAGUGAGGGCAGCCUUAAACAUGUGGCAUUGGUUGUCCAAAAUCUGAGAUUUUCUGUGGAUUUGUACUUACUUGUGCUAGUGGGAUGUGAUAUAGUGCUUGGAGUUCAAUGGUUACAAGGGCUUGGGUCAAUAUUAUGGAAUUUCCAUAAUCUGACUAUGCAGUUCACUUACCAUGAUUCUCCUAUUAUUUUGAACGGGCUGAAGGGCAGCAGUUUAAUGGAAGAAGGACUCUUUAACAGACCUACCACUUUGGAAAAAAAGGGUGCGCUCCUCCAACUUAUUGAAAAACCUACCCAAACCCACUCACCCUCCUCGAUAUCUCCACCCAUCCAGCAUCUCCUAGACCUAUACCCAGAUCUCUUUACCUCACCGACUAGCCUCCCCCCACACCGAUCCCAAGACCAUAGUAUUCCCUUAAUACCUGGCACUCAACCAAUUUCUGUGCGACCCUAUCGCUACCCCUAUUUUCAGAAGGAUGAAAUUGAAAAAAUCAUUAAGGAGUUGUUGGAAUCAGGUGUUGUUCGACCCAGCCAAAGCCCUUAUUCAUCGCCGGUUCUGUUGGUAAGGAAGGCCGAUGGCACAUGGCGCUUAUGUGUAGACUACUGUGCCCUAAAUAAUGUCACGGUGAAGGAUAAAUAUCUCAUUCCAGUGGUGGAGGAAUUAAUGGAUGAACUUCAUGGAGCACAAGUGUUUUCUAAGCUGGACUUAAGGUCCGGUUACCAUCAAAUUCGAGUGAAACCUGAAGAUAUUCCUAAGACAGCAUUCAAGACACACGAGGGACACUAUGAAUUUUUGGUGAUGCCUUUCGGCUUAACCAAUGCACCCUCCACUUUUCAGAGCUUGAUGAACCGGGUUUUUAAGCCUCAUUUACGGAAGUUUAUAUUAGUUUUUUUUUAUGAUAUUUUGAUCUAUAGUAGGGAUGAAGAGGCUCACCUACUGCACUUACAACUCACUUUUGAUAUUUUGAGAGCCAACCAGCUAUAUGCUAAGCUGAGUAAAUGUGCAUUUGCCUGCCUGGAGGUUGCAUAUUUAGGCCAUUUGAUUUCUGGCCAGGGAGUGCGGGCUGACCCUGAGAAGAUUAAAGCCAUGUUGAAUUGGCCUCCACCUCAAUCACUUAAGGCGUUGCGCGGUUUCUUGGGCCUCACAGGCUAUUACCGCAGAUUUGUGAAAGGAUAUGAAGCUAUAACAGCAACCUUGACUAAUCUACUCAAAAAAGACAGCUUUACUUGGGAUGAGACAGCCCAAGCAGCCUUUGACAAACUCAAGACAGCCAUGUCUGAACCUCCCGUCUUGGCUCUACCCAAUUUCUUAAAACCCUUUGUUAUUGAAUGUGAUGCUUCCGGGGAAGCCAUAGGGGCCGUACUCAUGCAAGCAGGGAGGCCCAUCGCGUUUUUUAGUCAAGCUUUGAAAGGGAGGUCCCUUCGACUCUCUACCUAUGAAAAGGAAUUUCUGGCCUUAGUUUCAGCAGUCCAAAAAUGGCGCCAUUAUCUAUUGGGCCAGCAGUUUAUUGUCAAGACAGAUCAUCAAAGUUUGAAGUUCUUACUAGACCAAAGAGUGGGCACUGUGAUGCAGCAAAAAUGGAUUGCUAAAUUGAUGGACUAUGACUUUGUGGUGGAAUACAAGAAGGGCAAAGACAAUGUGGUGGCGGAUGCCUUAUCUCGGCAAGGGGUGGACUUGGAAGUGUCUCUAUCUCUAAUUUUAGUUCCAAAUUGGGAUUGGAUGCAUGAAAUACAAUCCCUGUAUUCAAGGGAUGGUAGAGUCAAAGCUUUGUGGGAGAAACACACCCAAGGUCAACUGCAGGCACCUUAUACAGCAAAGAAUGGCAUCUUGUUCUACAAAGGCAGAGUUUAUAUUCCCCCCAUGCCUUACUUCAUUCAUAAACUACUGGAUUUUUUACAUGGAAGUCCCUUAGGGGGUCACUUGGGCUUUGACAAAACCCUAUUUCGAGUGAAGAAGGAUUUUUACUGGCCUGGCCAAAAAAGGGAUGUUCGAAAUUUCCUAAAGGGUUGUGACAUUUGCCAAACUGUUAAGGUCGAUAAUACACUUCCUAGUGGGCUGCUCCAACCACUGCCUGUACCCUCAAUACCAUGGACUAAUAUUACCAUGGACUUUGUAGAAGGUUUACCCGACUCCAAUGGAUUUAAUGCCCCCAUAGCCUAUCAUCCACAGACAGAUGGGCAGUCCGAAGCAGUGAACAAAUGGGUGGAAAAUUACUUAAGGUCUUAUGUGGGUGAUAGACCUAAGGAGUGGUCUAAGUGGAUACCUUUGGCCGAAUGGUGUUAUAAUUCAAACCAACAUGCUUCGAGUAAAGUAACCCCCUUUCAGGCAUUGUAUGGUUACCCUCCUCCGAAACUCGCAAGUUACACACCAGGAACAACAAGAUUAGAGGAGGUGGAGCUUACCUUACGGGAAAGAGACCAACUUUGGGCCCUGUUGAAACACAACUUGGUGAAGUCACAAGAACGAAUGAAACGGUAUGCUGAUAAAAACAUAAAAGAACUACAGUUGGAAGUCGGUGAGUGGGUGUACCUGAAACUUCAACCAUAUAAACAAUCCUCUCUUCGGCAUCACCAUAAUCUGAAAUUAUCACCUCGAUUUUACGGACCCUUCCAGGUGCUUCAAAAAAUUGGUGAAGUCGCAUAUCGUAUUCAGCUUCCCCCUCCAUCUCAGAUUCACAAUGUGUUCCACAUCUCACAAUUAAAGAAAAAACUGGGAAAUCAAGUCAGUAUAUUUUCAACCUUACCACCAACUGACAAGGAUGGCGCCGUAAAACCAGAACCGGAAGAAAUUCUUCAACGCCGACUGAAAAAGGUAAAAAACUUACCUGUGAUGGAGCUUUUGGUCCGCUGGACUGGACAGACACACGAGGAGGCUUCAUGGGAGUCGUAUACGCAGCUAUGCACCGAUUACCCACACCUUGUGGGCAAUGUGUUUUGA